AUGGCACUUGUGAAUGGAAAUGAGAACUCAGUUUCAGAUCAGAUCUGUACAAAGCCAGCCCAGGUGCAGGCCAUAAUAGGAGAGACAUAUUCAUCGGUAUCCAUGGCUAUAUCAAAGAGCAUUGGAACAUUCAGCAUCCCUUUGUUUCUGGAACACCUGAAAAAAGUCAGUUUUAAGACAAAAGAGGGUGAAAAUGUUUACUUUGAUGAAAAUGGUGAUCCUCCUGCAAAAUAUGAAAUAAUAAACUGGCAAAAAAGUAAAGACCACCAGUAUGAAUUUGUUACUGUUGGACUUUAUGACUCCUCUAUUUCUACUCAGGAGCGAUUAACUGUUAAUAUGGCCUCAAUAAUCUGGGCACAAAAUACAAAUCAAGUGCCGAAAUCUGUAUGUAGUGAGCCUUGCCUGUCUGGCACAAGAAAAGCUGUGCAGAAAGGAAAGCCGAUCUGCUGCUUUGAUUGCAUAUCAUGUGCUGCUGGAGAGAUCAGUAAUAUGUCAGACUCAGUUGAAUGUACACAAUGCCAGCAGGAUUAUUGGUCAAAUGCAGAGAAGAAUAAAUGCGUGAAAAAGGAAAUUGAAUAUUUGUCCUAUGAGGAAACUAUGGGAAUAUUGUUAACAGUGGUUUCUUUUGUUGGCUCAUUUAUGACAAUACUAACAGCAUUCACAUUUUUCAAAUAUAAAAACACACCAAUAGUAAAAGCCAACAACUCUGAACUAAGCUUUUUGCUCCUCUUCUCUCUGACUCUGUGUUUCCUUUGUUCACUUACUUUUAUUGGCCAGCCCUCUGAGUGGUCCUGUAUGCUGCGCCACACAGCAUUUGGAAUUACAUUUGUCCUUUGCAUCUCUUGCGUACUGGGAAAGACAAUAGUGGUGUUAAUGGCAUUCAGGUCUACACUUCCUGGGAGCAAUGUCAUGAAAUGGUUUGGGCCUCCACAACAGAGACUCAGCGUUCUUGUCUUCACUCUAAUACAGGUUCUCAUUUGUGUGCUUUGGUUGAUAAUAUCCCCUCCUUUCCCCUUUAAAAAUCUAAAUCACUACAAGGAAAAAAUUAUUCUUGAAUGCAAUUUAGGCUCAAAUUUGGGUUUCUGGGCUGUGCUGGGUUAUAUCGGAUUUUUAGCACUUUUGUGUUUUAUUUUAGCUUUUCUCGCUAGAAAGCUUCCAGAUAAUUUCAAUGAAGCUAAAUUUAUUACAUUUAGCAUGGUAAUGUUUUGUGCAGUUUGGAUUACUUUUAUUCCAGCAUAUGUAAGCUCACCUGGUAAAUUUACUGUGGCUGUGGAGAUAUUUGCUAUUUUAGCAUCAAGUUUUGGUUUGUUAUUUUGUAUUUUUUUGCCAAAGUGUUACAUAAUCAUCCUGAAGCCAGAGAAGAACACCAAAAAGCAAAUCAUGGGAAAGGUUCCAGUUCAAUAA